AUGCACUGGAAUAACAGCGCCGAAACAACGGCCGCCCUGGAGAAGUGGUGUCGCGAUGCGGUGGAGCUGAUCAAGCCUGGGAAUGGCCUGGAUUCACACCUCGACAGCCUGGACGGCCACUUCAAAGCGCUGAUGCUGUGUAAUUUCCUGACGUACAAGCAGGAGAUGGGAAAGAGUGAGAUUGUUGAUCGCGCUUGCGCGUUGCUUGCUCGACUUCCCUCUCAUCCACCGGAACUGCCAUUCGUGUAUGGAGGAGAAUGGCCUGCUGAAUAUUUGACACCACUACAGGGUAAAGAGAGUGAGUGUGAGUAUAAAUGGACAGCCCUCAAGGUCCUGUCUACACCAAGCACGAACAGCAUUCGCCUCGCGCUGUUCCUGGUAAUGAAACGCAGCGUCCCACUCAGCUUCACAGGCCACUACUCCGACACGAUAGUUAGUCUCCUGGACACCACAACCCGUCUCCUGGACGACAGUCCCAGUGAGGACGCACAGGCGUGGUUCGUUCUGCAGGCCUUUCUAUGGGCGGCAUGGCAGCACACCGUCAUGCUGCAGCUGUGGUAUGACGGGAGCAAGCAGAUGGAUGGAUACCGCUUCGACAGACACAACGAUCUCAUAGCGAAGCAGAUUCCCGCGGUGAUGCCUAGCCGGGAGACGAUUGAAAAGGCACGGCCCAACUAUAUGUGUAAGUGGGCGUUUGAGCUUCUCCGGUCCGAUCUGAGCUGUGUGCCGCAGGACUUCAGGACGUUCUUAGACAUCUUCGAACGGCGGUUUGGGGACCGUGGCCCACGAUGCAACAUUGUUCCUACUGGAGAUGCCCCAAGCCCAAGGAGGGUUUGCGACGGCAAAGCACCUGGAAACUGCCAGAGAUUCGAGUCCGAGGGCGUCCAGAUCCAGGGCGCGCACGACUUCGACUGCCCCGGCCCCGGCCCUGAUUCCCCCUGCCACUUGCUGACCUGGGACGAGCAGUCCUAUCUCAGCAUCACCGGCGGACGAGCAAGAGCCAUAUCCCUAGAGGACACCGACGACAAGCACAUCCGUUACACCCCCGCCACCAAGGACACCCUGGCCGUCUCGCACGUCUGGAGCCACGGCCAGGGCGGCCGGCCAGAGACCGGCUUCAACAGCUGCCUGCACGCCAGAUACAGCGCCCUGGCCAGAUCUUUACAGUGCACGUCAUACUGGAUGGACUCCCCCUGCGUGCCAACAGACCGCACCCUACGCGCCGAAUGUCUCGGCCAAAUCAACGCCAUCUUCGAAAGCAGCAAAGUCACCCUCCUCGCAGACCGCGACAUCAUGGAGAUAGAUAUCCUCCCACAAACCCUCGAAGCAAAGGAAUCCAUCCUCGCUGCCCUGCUCGUUUGCGACUGGAACGUGCGCGCCUGGACCCUGCUUGAGGGAAUGCGCGGGCGUGCAAGACUUCACAUCCUCUGCAGAGAUAACAACGUCAUCUCCCUCGUCGAUGUCCUCAACGCCGUCCUAAACCAGAGCUGUCUAUCCCUCGUCUCGCCAUGUCUCGCUGCACAGCACUACGCGCCUAUCCAGCCAUCCUUUCCCCCCGACGACCCUGCGGGUGUAUCAAUCGAACAAGCAACCUGCCUCCUCAACCACCGCCACGCGACAAAAGACCGCGACGUCCCCAUGAUCUGGGCCCUAGUCGCCGGCUCAGCAACCGUCAUCAAAGCCGCGGAUGAGUUCUGGGGCCAGAAAAUAGGCGAGCCCGUCGCAACGGGGUUUCUUGUCUCUGGAUCCCCGCGUCUCAAAACCAGGGGGCUGGGAUGGGCGCCGGCGCGUCCGAACCUUCUCCCCCCGACAGCAACGAAGGAUGAGAAGCAGUAUCCUGCCUAUGAUGGGCAGAAUAGUCUCGCCGGGAAAAUCACAGAAACAGGCUUCAGGGCGGAAUGGCUUGGUGCUGUCCUCCGGCGACGAGGGAAGGGUCUUCCGGCUUGGAUGUUUAGUAUUGAGAAUCCCGCGCCCCCGGGGGGUCAGUUACGAGAUUACUACCGUGUGUACAAUAAAGGAGGCAGUGAGGGGAUGGACAUGAAGACGCGGCGGAAGAUUGCGCUGGUUGUGGGAAACCUGUUUAAGACCUUUCGCUGGGUUGCGCUGUUGAUGCCGUGUCUGAGAGACCGGGGGGCGAAUGGGCCGGUGGCUCCUCCCAUGCCAUUUGCAUAUCAGGGCCAGGCUGAGGGGCCGGUGGUGGUUGUUGUGGCUUCGAAUGACCAGGAGGAGUGGGAGUGGCAGUUUAUAUACGAGUGGGAGAGAGACUCCCUGCCUGAGUUUGGACUGGCGGAGUUUUUACUCGUAUAA